AUGACGUCCGCAGCCGACUCGCUGGCCUCGGCGCCCGCAAAGGCCUUCCUCCGAGGGCGCGCGUUCUACGAGAGCAUAGGAAGUCCAAAGUUUGUGGUUGCGCCCAUGGUCGACCAGUCCGAGUUCGCCUGGCGCAUGCUUACACGAUCCUUCCUAACCCCAGAGGAGAACUCGAAGAUGCUCGCGUACACGCCAAUGUUCCACGCGCGACUGUUUGGCGACACGGCAAAGUACCGAGACCAGCACCUGCAGACGUCCAUCACCAAGGAAGCAGAGCCCGUCCUGCCGACGACGCCCGAGACCGCUGCGGACACGUCCCUCUACCUCGACGGCAACCCGGCGUUUGACCGUCCGCUCUUUGUCCAGUUCUGCGCCAACGACCCGAACCACCUGCUGUCCGCCGCCAGGCUGGCCGCCCCAUACUGCGACGCCGUCGACCUGAACCUCGGCUGCCCGCAGGGCAUCGCGCGCAAGGGCCACUACGGCUCCUUCCUGCAGGAAGACCAGGAGCUUAUCCACAAGCUCAUCAGCACGCUGCACCAGAACCUCGACGUGCCCGUGACCGCCAAGAUCCGCAUCCUCGACACCAAGGAGAACACGCUCAAGUACGCGCAGAACGUGCUGUCGGCGGGCGCGAGCAUCAUCACCGUCCACGGCCGCCGGCGCGAGCAGAAGGGCCACCUCACGGGGCUCGCGGACUGGGAGUACAUACGCUUCCUGCGCGACAGCCUGCCGCCCGAGACGGUCAUCUUUGCCAACGGCAACAUCCUCGAGCACGGCGACAUUGAGCGGUGCCUGGCCGCCACGGGCGCGGACGCCGUCAUGAGCGCAGAGGGCAAUCUCAGCGACCCGGCCAUCUUUGCCACGCCGCCGCCCGUCGGGCAGGAAGGGCGCGAGUACUGGCGCGGCGCGUGCGGCGGGGACGACGGGAGGCAGGUCGUCGGCGGGUACCGCGUGGACGCCGUGUUCCGGCGGUACAUGGACAUCAUGCACAAGUAUGUCCUCGGGCAGGAGCCGCCGGCGCGCCGGCCGCUGUUUGUCGUGGGUGACGACGAGAGGUGGCUGAAGGAGGCCGAUGCCGCUGAUGCCGCCGCCGCAGCAGAAGCAGCAGCAGCAGCGGAACACGAGCAAGAAGGCCCCGCGAAGAAGAAGCGCAAGACGGACAACAAUAAGAACAACAACAGCAACGACAAGGCCGCUAACCAACACCACCACAACAACAACAACAAAAAGGCCAACACCUCGCCCAACCUCGGCGCCAUGCGGCCACACCUAUUCCACCUCCUGCGGCACUUCAUCGCCCUGCACACCGACAUCCGGGACAGCCUCGCACGGUGCCGGGCCGGCGACGUCGACGCGGUCGAGGCCGUGCUGGAGCAGGUCGAGCGCCGCGUCGCAGGCGGCCUGAUCGAGUACCACCGGACCUCGGGCGAGAGCGUGCGCGAGUACAUGCUCUCGACGGCGAAGCCGGCCAGGGCCGGUGCCGGGGCCGGGACUGGGGCCGAGACAAACGGCGCCAACGGCAGCGACAGUGCCACUAACCCCGCUGCCGACGGGAACUCAACAGCAACAGCAAGCGCCGCCAGAGAGAGCGGAUCACAACAGCAACAACAACAACAACAACAGCUGCCAGCGGAGAGCUCCCUCGAGACAGUCAAGGCCUGCAAGCGGCCCUGGUGGGUAUGCCAGCCCAUCGUGCGGCCCCUGCCCGCCGAGGCCCUCGCAAAGGGCAGCAUCCAGCUGAGCAAGAAGCAGCAGAAGGCACUUUCUGAGAAAGCCGCCGCUGUUCCUGCUGCUGCUGCUGCUGGUACUGAUGCUGCUGCGACUCCCUCAAGUGCGACCUUGAGCGCCAAUGUCAGCGAGGACGGUAGCAGUGGUGGUGAUGGUGGUGGUCCGCUAGCCAACGGCGAUGCGGUGGAUGGGAUUAGGGAGCCCAAGAUGGAUCCGAAGCAGCCGGGGCUGGUCAGCGAUGAUUUGGUCCACGGCUGA